AUGGACUCGUCUGAGCAACACAAAGUUGACGAAGUUUUUCAAGACGUGUCCGCCUCUGUUGAAGAUGGCUGCCAAAAGGAACCAACCGCAGUAUCCGUUGAUAAAGAUGGCGGAUACUUUGUCGACGUCGAGAUCGAAAAAACCAACCAAGAGAAAGAGAAAGAGGAGGUUAUGGCUAUGCCAGGGAAAGAAGAAAAGGAAGUAGCCACUUCAAAUUCCAUCAAAAUCCAAGAAUAUAAUAAUGAUAAGGAUAUAAGUAGCCCUAAAUUAUACGGCAAUGCAUGUAAUCAUUACUUGCCCGCCAUCAAAUCACAAGCCCACCUCCCCAAACCUGAAACCCUGCCGCCGCCGCCGCCGCCCACGUCGACGCCGAAAGGUGAACGUUCGCAAUCGUUGUCCAUCGCCGAAACAAUACCAUCGAUUGGCAAAUACAUCACCGAACGGAGCAACAGUUUCUCGGCGUCAAUCGUCAGACGAUUGUCGUCUCUAAAAGACGACAGCGACAUGUUCGUGAAAGACGAUUCGCUCAACUUUGAGGUGACAGAGUUCAAAAUCCCGGGAGUCAAAGUGAUAGUGAAGCUGAAAACCGAAGCCGAACGGCUCAGCCUCGAUCUAAGAGGCCGGAUAUCAUUUUUCACGAGAUCGAACUGCAGAGAUUGCACCGCCGUCCGCCAUUUCUUCAGAGAGAAAGGGCUCGUGUACGUCGAAAUCAACAUCGACGUGUUCCCCAAACGUGAGAAGGAACUGAUGGAGAGAACCGGGAGAUCGGAUACGCCCCAGAUUUUCUUUAACGACAAGUGGUUGGGGGGAUUGCCGGCGUUGAUAAAACUGAAAGAGAGCCAGGAUUACGAGGCGAAGCUGACGGAGUUGGUCGGGGAUAGGUGCCCUGAAGGAGCACCAGCGGUACCUGUUUACGGUGUGAAUGACGAGGAAGACGAAGACGAUGACUUGGUGGAGACAGUGAGGUACCUGAGGCGGAGUUUGCCGAUUCAUGAUCGGUUGCUUAGGAUGCAAAUGGUGAAGAAUUGUUUCUCCGGCGCUGAUUUGUUGGAAGCCACUAUCGAGUUUCUGGACUGCAGCAGGAAGAAGGCCAUUAUGACUGCAAAGCGUAUGGGUCAUAAGCACUUCUUCCACCAUGUCUUCGGAGAGAAUGAGUUUGAAGAAGGAAACCACUAUUAUAGAUUCCUAGAACACGAGCCGUAUAUUAUGGGAUGCUUCAAUUAUCGAAUUUCAACCAAUGAUUGUGAGCCCAAAUCUGCAUCUUUCCUUGCCGAUAGGCUUUCCAAGUUAAUGCUUGCCAUUCUCGAAGCUUACGCGUCAGAUGACAGGCUCCAUGUUAAUUAUCAUGCCAUCGACAAAAGUGAAGAAUUCCGCAGAUUCUUGAAUGUGGCUCGAGAUCUGCAAAGGGUAAACAUGAAACUACUCACUCCAAAUGAAAGGCUAGCCUUCUUCUUGAACUUACACAACGCCAUGGCCAUCCAUGCCGUCAUUAGCAUCGGACAUCCCGAAGGAAUACUGGAUAAAAGAGCCUUUUUCAACGAGUUUCUCUACCUCGUCGGAGGAUACCCUUACUCCCUCAAUGUUAUCGUCAACGGCACCCUUCGACACAAUCGCACCUCCCCCAAUUCUUUCAUCCGACCCUUUAGCAAAGGCGACCGCCGCUUAGAGUUGGUUCCGCCAAAAGUGAAUCCAUUGAUACAUUUUGGACUAUGCAAUGCGACGAGGUCAAGUCCUGCAGUGAGGUUUUUCACAGCCGACGGCGUUGAAGAUCAAUUGAAAUGUGCUGCAAAGGAGUAUUUCAAGAGGGGAGCAAUAGGGUUCGACAUGGAUACGAGGACCGUUUUUUUAACUCGAAUAAUCAAAUGGUAUAAUGAAGAUUUUGGACCACAGAAAGAAACCCUGAAAUGGGUAAUAAAAUACUUGGAACCUACACAGUCGGGGCUUUUGUCACAUCUUUUGGCUGAUGAUGACGAGAAAAUUAACGUUAUCUAUCAAGAUUAUGAUUGGUCCGUUAGUUUAGCAGUUGUUAGGGAACAUAUGGCAGCCAUAGGUUGGAAGUUACAUUAUGGUGAUGCAGAUGAAUAUAAGGAGGUAGAGUUGGAAGAAUUAUAUACAGCAGUUUUGGUACAUCUAUUCUCUCUCCCUCUUAACUCCUUCCCUGUUUUUGUCUUUCUCAAGUCUUUGUUUUUUUUCAAAGAAAAAAAUGAUUUUGAUCUGACAAAAGAUGGUGUUCUUACUGUUUUUGAUGCUAUCUGGCAUUGGAGUGAGAAAGAAAAUGCCAGCUUUCUGUGUCAUUCAACAAAUUAUCAAAUGAAAAUGGGGGGAAAUAUUGGAUCCCAAGAUUUCCCAAGUUCCAACAACGAUUACGCUGCGUUGUCCGUGAGUUUUGCAAAUAACGAGUUGGAGACAGGACAGUAG